GGCGCAGGUCACGUGAGGGGGACGGAAGUGGCGGAGGUGCAGUGGAGAUGGCAGGGGCUCGGCGCUGAGCUGGGGCGCUCAGUCGGGCGUGGAGCGGUGCCUGGCGCAGGAGCAUCGCCACCAUGUCCCGGCAGUACCUCCGCAGUGAGGACUACCAGGACUACAGCUCCACAGACGCCAGCCCCGAGGAGAGCCCGGCUGAUCGCCCUGGCACAUUCUCUUCCUCUGGCUCCUACCAGCGCUUUGGAGAAAGCAACUCUACAACAUGGUUCCAGACCUUAGUCCACUUGCUAAAAGGCAACAUUGGCACAGGGCUCCUGGGUCUGCCCUUGGCAGUGAAGAAUGCAGGCAUCUUGAUGGGCCCUCUCAGCCUCCUGGUGAUCGGCAUUGUGGCUGUGCACUGCAUGGGUAUCCUCGUCAAGUGCGCCCACCACUUCUGCCGCAGAAUGAACAAGCCCUUCGUGGACUAUGGGGACACGGUGAUGUAUGGGCUGGAGUCCUGCCCCAGCUCCUGGCUCCGGGACCAUUCACACUGGGGCAGGCACAUCGUGGACUUCUUCCUGAUUGUCACCCAGCUGGGGUUCUGCUGUGUCUAUUUCGUCUUCCUGGCUGACAACUUUAAACAGGUGAUAGAAGCAGCCAAUGUCACCACCAACAACUGCCACACCAAUGAGACAGUGGUGCUAACGCCCACCAUGGACUCACGGCUCUACAUGCUAACCUUCCUGCCCUUCCUGGUGCUGUUGGUGUUCUUCCGAAACCUGCGUGUCCUGUCCAUCUUCUCCCUGUUGGCCAACAUCACCAUGCUGGUCAGCCUGGUGAUGAUCUACCAGUUCAUUGUGCAGAGGAUCCCAGACCCCCGCCGCCUCCCACUGGUGGCCUCGUGGAAGACCUAUCCCCUGUUCUUCGGCACGGCCAUUUUUGCCUUUGAAGGCAUCGGCAUGGUUCUGCCUCUUGAAAACAAAAUGAAGGACCCACAGAGAUUCCCGCUCAUCCUGUACCUGGGGAUGGCCAUCAUCACUGUCCUCUACAUCAGCCUGGGGUGUCUGGGAUACCUGCAGUUUGGAGCUAAUAUCCAGGGCAGCAUCACCCUCAACCUGCCUAACUGCUGGCUGUACCAGUCAGUGAAGCUGCUCUACUCCGUGGGCAUCUUCUUUACCUACGCGCUUCAGUUCUACGUCCCGGCUGAGAUCAUCGUCCCCUUCUUUGUGUCUCGCGUGGCUGAGGGCUACAAGCUGGCAGUGGACCUGUUUGUGCGUACAGUGCUGGUCUGCAUAACAUGUGUGCUGGCCAUCCUCAUCCCCCGCCUGGACCUGGUUAUCUCCCUGGUGGGCUCUGUCAGCAGCAGUGCCCUGGCCCUCAUCAUCCCGCCCCUGCUGGAGAUCAGCACCUUCUACUCUGAAGGCCUGGGUCCCCUCACCAUCACCAAGGACGCCCUCAUCAGCAUCCUGGGCUUCCUGGGCUUCGUGGUGGGCACCUACCAGGCGCUGGAGGAGCUGAUCCAGCCUGCCCUCACCCCCAUCCACGUCAGUGCCACCAGUGCCUUUAUGUAGCCACCUGGUGCUGCCCCCCUCCCAUGUGGGCCCAGAGCCACAGGUAGGGCCUAGGCUCCUGGAGUGGCAGGGCUGCUCUCUUAAGCUCUGGCCCUGGGUGUGGGGGCCAGCAGGGGAGAGGCUGGGCCACAGGCCUGGAGGUGCCUCUAGCAGCAGUGCGUUCUGCCUUAUGUGUACUAUUUAACCCAGAAUGUGUCCCUCCUCACCCCAAUUCCUGCUGCACAGCUCACUUUAUUUAAGCAUCUUUUCCCCCUCAUUCUCCCCACUUGUGCUCACCCCUUCUCUGGCCAGGCUUGCACUAGCAGAUGUCCCUCCCCUUCCCACUCUAUCUCCCUACUCUCUCUCUCCCUUUUCUACCUUUCACCUCAGUCUCCCCCCUGGCCGGGAGGUGGGUGUCUGUGGGCCACCCUAGCUGAAGGGUGCUUUCACUGGUCCCCUGCGACCAAAUUGUCACCCCCUCCCUGUCCUCUGUGGGUGACAGUAUUUAUCCUCUUUGGAAGGUUCAGUGCUACCUACAUGGAGAUUAUUUAUUUAAAAUCAGCUUGUGCUUUUAGACUCUGGAACUAAGUCUGGGUGUGUUGGAAAUUGUUCCUUCUCCAGUAGUCUCUAACUCAGUUUCUCCUGCUGAGAAGAAACUGGCUCCAGGACUGGCUUCUGGACUGCUGGCUCUUGACAGGCCUGGCCGUGGGACAAGCUGGUGGCCCCUGGGCAGUUUGGACUCUGCCUGCCUUGCUUAGCCUGGCCUCACACAGAAAAGACGGGAAAGACUGGGAGCGUGUGCCCCCUACCAAGGAGAUGGCAGCUAAGGGGACAUGUUUCUGUCCAAGGGAGCUCAGAAUGGGUGACUGGUUUUCAGGCCUGUGAGCCACAGCCCCUGACACGCCUGGUGCUGGGAAGACAUGCUAUUGGCACGGGAAGAGGAUGUUGGUUCACAGCACUCUCCAUGCAGGCUGAAGUGUCUCAGGUAGAAACGGCACUCGCUACCCACUGCUCCAGGACUAGGCCCUGAAGGACCAGUGUGGACUGUGGAUGACAGCCUUGUAACACUAAUGUGACCCCCUCACCCUCCUCCCAACACCCCUUCCUCCUCCUUGAGUGUCAGGCACAGCCUGGAGUGUCCUCCAGGCCAGCCACAGUCUGGGAACAAGUGCAUAGAGGACCUUGCUUGGGGUCUCUUGUUCUUUCCUCUAGCAGAGAGGAGUGCUUCCUGUGCCCACCCAGGGGUGUGUGUGUGUGUGUGUGUGUGUGUGUGUGUGUGUGUGUGUACACACAUGUGCACCCUCUGUGCUCGUGCACUGUGAGUCUCUGGGUGAGUGCAGUUCACAGCUGUGUGUGUUUGUGUACAUCUCCCAACUCUGUGUGUGUGUGUUUCCACACUCUGGCCUGGAGACAUGACUGGUACACAGGGUCUAGGAAGCAGGACAGCUUUAUUUCAGAUUCUGUUCAUGUCAUCAUGAACCAUGUUCAUGUCCUUCUAUCCGUCCUUUCCUCUCACUACCCCCCUCCUCCCCCGCUGCCCCCAGGUGCCAUAGCUGCUCUUUCUCCGUUCUGAAGCUGAAUCCUCUUGCAGUGAGUUCUAACCCAUCGAGGAACGAAGGUGUGGCCAAUGACUGUGUCCCUUUCUGCUCCCUGGUGCUGACUCUAGUGGGAGGAGGCAGAGACCCCCCCAUCCUGAAGCCUCAGCUUUAGAUGUCACCUGAGAGGGUUCAGGAGCAGUCACAUCCUGUCUGCAGAUGUGCCUAAGCCUGCCGUCCCCCAUAGCCACCUUAGUGCCCUCUCAGGAGGGGUCAGGUGUGCAUCUUGCCUGUGGCAUCCUCAGAGAGGCUUGGGAGCUACUGGAGGCAUCCUGUCUGGGAUGCCUCCACUGGACAUCAGAGGUCCCCUGGUGCCAGCUUCCCUCAGCAUCCCUGUCCCAGACAGGGGUGUAUGAGAGGCAGCUCUGUCUUGAGGCUUCUAGAAGCUGUGUGGUUUGUCCUGUGGCCUCUGUCCUCCUUCCUGGUCUCCUGCUGCUAUGACAAGUGCUGGCAAGUGGGCAGUGUUGCAGGGCUGCUUCAGAAGACCCCAGGAGGUGUCUGGUUGGCAGUCCCUCCUGGCUGUGAGUCAGCUCAGGAGUCAGAAGUCAGCCAGAGACUUUGGGAGUGGGGGAGCCCUGCAUCUGGGCUGCUGGGAAGCUACCUAUCUGGUGACAUGGAGCCUCCUGGUCAGGUGCCAUCGCCUAGAGAAGCAGUGGGCAGCCCCCAACCUGCCCGCCCUGCAACACACUGAAGUGGGAGUCAGGGAGGACAGGGGUGUUGUGGGUGCCUCUGCCUCCAGGACUGGGCCCUGCUGUCCAGCCUGUGACCCUCACUACCCUAGGUUUCUGCUGGAAGAGGCUCCAGUUGACUGUUAUAUAUACCUACCCCCAAAUGCAGGUACGACUGCUUUCUCCCUGUACCUAGAAGUUGUUGCCCCUCACUGGUGGCAUUUCCCAUGCAAAGCUGCUGCCCAGCUGCUGAGGGUCCUUAGGCAUUGGGCCCUGGCCAGAUACAUACCCCAGUCCCCUCUGCACCCCCACCUCUUACACUCAGGCCCUGGCUGAUGCUCAGUGGUCAUAACCUACUCUUCUCUGGGAAUAUGCCUCCUAUCUCUGUGUAUUGAUUAGUGUUUUUCUCUUCCCUGGCCUCUUUUUUUUAAUUUCAAUUUAGUUUUAUUUAAAAUUAAUUGGGGUUUGGUGCCUGCACUACGAAUCCACUGCUCCUGGAGACCAUUUUACCCAUUUUGUUGCCAUUGCCCUUGUUGUUGUAUUGUUAUUGUUAUUGCUGUUGUUGUUGUUGUUAUAGCUGUUGUUGGAUAGGGCAGAGAGAAACCGAGAGAGAUGGGGAAGCCAGAGAGGGGGAGAAAAAAACAGACACCUGUAGAUCCGCUUCACCACUUGUGAUGUGACCCUCUUGCAGGUGGGGGGGGGGGACCUGGGACCUCUUAUCGGGAUCCUCACGCCGGUCCUUGUGCCUCACACCAUGUGCACUUAACCCGGUGCACUACCGCCAGGCCUCCUCUCCGCCUUUUUUUUAAUUGCCACCAGGGUUCUGACUGGGGCUCAGUGCCCACACUGCGAAUCUACUAUUCCUAGUGGACAUUUUUUUCUAUUUUUAUUAGAUAGGACAGAGAGAAAUUGAGAGGGGGAAGAUAGGGAGAGAGACACAUGCAGACCUGCUUUGCUGUUUGUGAAGUGUCUUCCUGUAGGUGGGGAGCAGGGGGGGUAGAACCCGGCUUCUUGUGCAUGGUAAUGUGUGCACUCAAUCUCUUCCACAGAUUCCUCCAUUUAAUACUAAGUACACACCCCCUAGGGUUAUAGAAGUGCAAAGACCCCAGUCUGUGUCCACUUAUACUCUCUACUCAACACUGUGCAGUAGGCCCCAUCAGAGGGCUCACUUUCUAGUUAAUAAGAUGUUAAGGUGGCUGCUUCCUGUGUGACAUCUUGGUGACCUUGGAAUUGAAUUCUCCAAAGCACUUUACAAAUGCUCUGGACCAGGAAGGAGAGGGCGGCCAUAGUUCAUAUCCCAGAUCCUGGCAGAUAAUCAAUGGCAGCUCAUCCUGCUGGGCCUAAAGCCUCUGGGCAUCAGCCUGGUCAGGUUCCUCCCUGUCCUGUGUACCACUGGUCCAGGGGACAUGAGUGGUGCUGAGGGGCUUGGAGUGGGGUGGGGGAGAAGAGGUGAGUGGCUACUUGUAAGACCAGUUCUUUGAGUUCAGCCAGGGAAAUACUAGGGAGACCAUGCUGUUUCAGUGCACAUGACUGCUAUAAAGCCUAUAAGUGAUGUGUGAGUGCAGAUGUGCUAGUCCGACUGUGGGGUGUGUGUGUGUGUGUGUGUGUGUGUGUGUGUGUGUGUACACCCAGCCUUCCCCUCCCCCCUGUGUUUGUAUGCAGAUGUGGAUCAUGUAGGGGUUUCUGGAAGACCCUGUCAGGUUCUGCACAAGGAUCAUAUGUUAAAUUUUUCCUUUUCAAUAAAUGAACUUUAUUUUUUAUUUUUGAGAGGGUGAGGUUUGCAUGUAUGUGUAUGUAUGUGUGUUUGUUUUUAUUUAUUUACUUUUAAUUUAACUUUUUUUUCCCCCCCAGAGCACUGCUCAGCUCUGGCUUAUUAUGGUGCUGGGAAUUGAACUUGGAAGAUUUGGUGCCUCAGACAUUUAAGUUUUUUUUUUUUUUUCCAAUAACCACUAUGCUUUCUCCCCGGCUAUUUAUUUAUUUACUUUCAAUGUCACUGGGAUGCUCUUGUUGACUUUAGGUCACCUUGUGUCCAACAGCAGUGGGAUGACAGAACCCUCUGUGUUUCAGGAGCCCAAGGAAGGGGCCAGGUCAGGCAGUCAUGGUCCUCCUGCUUGAGAACUUGAGCGGAAUGUCCAACCCUAUGCAUGUCAGAUGAAACACAAACAGCUGUGGCCUCUGCUUUCGGUGCCAGCGAGGCUGCAGUGCCCAGUUUCCCACCAGACACUUGCCGAGUCAUUGCUGAGAAGGCAUUUUGUAGGUGUGGGUAAGGUACACACUCAGCUGCCCUUUGGUGAAAACCGUAAUCUUCAAAACAUGGGCAGCUUCAGUCCAGAUGCUGAGUGAAGGCUUCCUGGUACAAGCUUUCUGGCCAGGGUAAGUUCCCUUUCUGCCACAUUCCAUGGAAAGUUAGUCAUUGGUAUUGCCCCCUCUAAGGAUGUGCUGGCUAUCGAGUUAGACUUACUUAAAGUAGAUUCCUCAAGGAACAGGCUCAGAGAGUACUGAUCUCAGUAGUGUAAUGACUGGAACUGGGAGUUGGAGAGCUCAGUGACUGGUCUGUGUCCCCACCAGUGAGUGUUGGCAUGGGUGAAGUGAGCCCUCUGCUUCUGGAACCCCCAUCUCUGUAGGGGAGCCACUGACAGGUGAUGUGAGUCUAGAGAGACAGAGAGAGGACCUGGAGGGAGCAAAGGGCUUCUGCAUAGUUCCUGAAACUUCAGCUGAGCUGAAGAAACAAACCCAUGGCCCAGAGAAGUGAUUCCAUUUGAUUUGGGCUGAGUGCUUUUGGGUUAUAACCCUGUCUUGCCACUUCCUGUGUGCGGGAAGGCACUCAGCCUUUGAUGGUUUAGCUCUUUUGGUUCUGCCUCCUUCCAUGUCCAUACCUGAGGGCUGUGCUCCACCCUGUGGGGAGCCAGGCCCCUCAGAUAAGCCCUCUGUCCUGCUGGCUGCCUCAGAUCACCCCUUACUGAGCCUGAACCCCAGACUCUGCUAGGAAGGUGCUUCCCAGGCCCCACCCCUUCACCCCCACCCCCACAGAUGUUACUGAGAAACCGUGUCUUCAGUGGGUGACAAUUACUAGACCCUGGGUCAUUGCUCCCCCCCACAUACACAAACUUAAAAAUAUAUAUAUUUGGGAUAUGAGUUACAUAUAAAAUGACUCACCUGUUUUUUGUGUUCAGAUUCAUUUUGACAAGUGCAUGAAGUAAUUUGCUGUCCCUUUCUGUUAAGAUACAGAAUAUUUCCAUAAAAGUCCCCUUGUGCCCUUUGUAGUCCAUCCCUCCCCACACCACUCAGCCAUGGGAAACAUCUGCUCUGAUUUUUCUGUCUGACUUUGCUUUUUCUGGAGCAUCGUCAUAGUGGAACUCCACAGUCCUUUCUCUGACUCCGCUCACCUUUUGUAUGUAAAGCUUUUUAUACUCAUCUGUUUUGGCAGGUUUUUUUUUUUCCAUUGCUGAAUUGAUUGGAUGAGCCAUACCUUGUCUAUGAUGGGCAACCAGGCUGUUUCUAAUUGGGGAAGACUGUAAAUAAAGCUGCUCUGAAUAUCCAUGUACACAUCUUCAUGUAGACACGUGUUUUUAUUGCUCUUGAGUAGAUACACAGGAGUGGAACUUCAAUGUUGUGUGAUAAACUUGCUUUAUAAGAUAAACUUACUUUAGGGGAAACUGGAAAGUUGUUCUCCCCCAUGACUGCACCAAUUUGGACCUGUACCCGCAGUUCCUGUACACUGUUUUGGCUUCAUGUCCUCCCUUUGCACUGUGCUCUCGUCUUAGCUGUCUUGAUGGAUGUGUAGUGGUAGUUCACCAUGGCUUCCAUUGGCCUUUGCCUUUAUGUUAAUGGUGUUCUUUGUCUUUUACUAGGUCAAUUUGCCAUUAGUACCUUCUGUUGUGAACCAUCUGCUCAAAUGAUUUCCCUUUUAAAAAAUUCAGUCUUUAAAAAAAUCAAAAUUUUAUUUUGAAAUAAUUAUAAGUUCACAGGAAGAAGCAAAUAUACAGGAGGGCCAGUGUCCUCUCCUCUAGCCUCUGCUGCCCUGGCAUCUUGUCCAUCCCCACACCCGCACGCAGCUGUAGUGCAUUGGAGCUAUGUGCUGGACUGUAGUGCUACCUAUAUGUGAUGCAGAUAGAACUAGAGCACAUAGUAGCCACAUGCACAACCAUGCACACAGUUCUAGUCCAUCAUAGCUGUGUCCUAACUACAUAUUCCUCAACACACUGGAGCUGUGUGCAUAACCAUAUACUUCACUGUAAUGUACCAUCAAAACUCAGAAACUGCUAUUGGCUCACUUGUACUUUCCAAUCAUAUGACUUAAAAAAAAUGUAUGUAGACAGAAAUCAAGAAGGAAGUGGGAGAGAGAGAAGGAGAGGGAGAGUGAGCAGAGGGAGAGACCUGCAGCACUGCACACCAUUCAUGGACUUCCCCUGUGCAGGUGGGGACUUGAGGCUUGAACCUGGGUCCUUGCACACUGUAAUGUGUGCACUCAACCAGGUGUGCCACCACCUGGCCCCUAGUCAUAAGCAUUCGUAUGUGUGGGUGGUUGUGUGUGUGAUUAGUUUCACUUUUGCUCACAGCUCUGUCACAUCUAGCUUCUGCCAUCAUAGUUAAGAGACCUGUCUUUUCAGCUGUGGCUUAUGGUGAUGCUGGAGAGUGAACUUGGGAUCUCUGGUGCCUCAGGCAAAAAAGAUCUUUUUGCAUAACCAUUAUGUUAUCUCCCCAGGCCCACAGUCAAGAUGUUUAACUGUGGCAUCAGCAUAUUCAUGUAACCCCAUUUAUAGACACCCAGAGACCCCCUCCCCCACUUCCCUAACCCCUAACAGUCCUAAUCUGUUCAUCUCUACCAUUGUGACUUCAUGAAUACCAUGAAAUGAAACUAUUUUGAGAUUGCCUUUCA